AUGGGGUUCUCGCGAUUCUUUUCUCGAUUUGGCCAGACACCAUAUCGUCGGGGGAUUCUGAAAGCGGCUGCUGGCGCCGCUCCUUCGGACCAGAGUAUCGGUGAGGUUCAGGUCCCCAUGGAUCCUAGUAGAGCAGGAGAAUUGUCCAUCAGUCAGCGGGCCUCUUUUACGUCCUCGUCGGUGGCCUCACCUGGCCUUUCUACACGCGGAUGCACCACCCCAGCGGCCCUUCAGGAAGAGGCGGUUUCGCUUGCCGUUGAAGCUCUGCACAGCUAUUCUCAAGAGGUGGAGAUUGCAGAACAUCUCAGAUCGAGGUUUGAUGCCAAAUAUGCACCCACCUGGCACUGCAUUGUUGGCAGAAACUUUGGCAUGUAG